GCAGUCAGUCCGGUGUUUGCAAAUAUUGUGUGGGCUCGAGAGUGCGUCUCCGGGCUCCGGCAGGAUCCGAACCCGCGGCGCCUAAUUGCUGCGCACUGAGUUUGCAUGAACUUCCCCGGCGCUGCAGGCACGACUGCUGCGCUCCCGACUCCAGACCGCACACCUCCCUGUUUUUACAACAGCAGUGACUGUCUUUUCCAACCCGACAUGGAUGUGCUCCCAAUGUGCAGCAUCUUCCAGGAACUCCAGAUUGUGCACGAGACUGGUUACUUCUCGGCGCUGCCCUCCCUGGAGGAAUAUUGGCAACAGACCUGCCUGGAGUUGGAGCGUUACCUCCAGAGCGAACCCUGCUAUGUGUCAGCCUCUGAAAUCAAAUUCGACAGCCAGGAAGACCUGUGGACCAAAAUCAUCCUGGCGCGGGAGCAAAAGGAGGAUGCGGACCUGAAGAUGUCCUCCAGCCCCGAGGAUGCUCUCAACAGCCCCGGCUUUGGCUACAACCUGGAGACCAACAGCCUGAACUCGGACGUGAGCAGCGAAUCGUCCGACAGCUCCGAGGAGCUGUCCCCCACCACCAAGUUUACCUCCGACCCCAUCGGCGAAGUUUUAGUCACUUCGGGGAACCUGAGCUCCUCCGUCACCUCCACGCCCCCUUCUUCGCCAGAACUGAGCAGGGAGCCGUCUCACCUGUGGGGCUGUGUGCCCGGCGAGCUGCACCCGCCGGGGAAGGCGCGCAGCGGGACUGCGGGGAAGCCAGGCGACAAGGGCAGCGGGGACGCGUCCCCGGACGGCCGCAGAAGGGUGCAUCGGUGCCACUUUAACGGCUGCCGGAAAGUUUACACCAAAAGCUCCCACUUGAAAGCACAUCAGCGCACCCACACAGGAGAAAAGCCUUACAGAUGCUCAUGGGAAGGGUGUGAGUGGCGUUUUGCAAGAAGCGAUGAGUUAACCAGACACUUCAGAAAGCACACUGGUGCCAAGCCUUUUAAAUGUUCCCACUGUGACAGGUGUUUCUCCAGGUCCGACCACCUGGCCCUGCACAUGAAGAGGCACCUCUGAAGGGGCGGAGCGGCGACUCCUGCGAGCUAAAAAGGCUUCCAGGCUGAGACGGCCGAGGAAGGAGGGUGCGUGUUCCAGCCGAAGCCAUUUUGCACCCUACCCGGUCGCCUCCAGGACCCACUGGGAAGGUCUCGCGAGGGCGGAAACGUCGUGUCAGAAGCGGCAGAGCACCCGUGGUGUGUGGUGUUUGGGUGGCCCUGGCCUCGCCACGGGUCCCAUCUUCCGAGUGGUCCCUAAGCCUUUGCCGUGAGCAUGUGCACUGAGAAUGGUAGUGGUUGGGUGGGCUGUACGUGGAGGUCCCCACGGACUGUGUGAUGGGGCGAGUCCUUUCCCUUGCGAGGCUGCAAGAGAGACAAAAGCGUCGUUUGAAUGUUUUGUGUGUGAGGCGUGUUCCCUGAGAUGAGGAGUUGACCACUAAUCAUUUCCUGGGGGAGGGGGGGGGUGUCUGCGCCUUAGAGGGAAAAAUAGAAAAAGAAAAAAAGAAGGGGAGCUGUGGAGGGACGAGUGGGCGGGCAGGACCCCCGAGUGGCGAGUGGGUGUGGGGAGGGCCCCCCCCGCGAGGCGGGAGAACUUGGGUGUCCAGCUACGACACGUGCCAUGUGUGAAGUGAGUAGCAUCUGCUCCUCGCUGCGACAGAGUUCAUUCGUUACCCGUUGUAUAAGCUGUGUAUCUACAAAUAUAACACAUUGAUAACUUUUCCUUAUAAGACAAGAGUAAUGCAUGGUCUGGGGAAUUAUCUGCUUUUCCAUUUUUUAAAAAAAAUCAGGACUACGGUUUUGAUUCCAGUUCACUGAGCAGCUACGAUAGGAUCGGUCGAAGUCGGCGGCCCCUCGCCAUCCGGGCCUUUUCGGUUUGGAACACCCCCCUUCCAGAAAGGCGUUGGGCAGCGUAAGACUGUUUUUUAAAUGGUUCCGAAUUGAAUUACCUUUUUGGAGAAUUUCGUGAUGCCCUGGGAAGACAUUGGACACUGCUGGGUGUCCCGGGCCCGAGGGCUGGGAGUUGCUGGUCUGACGCCACGUCAGACUCAGACCCCCACAUUUUUCUCAGUUGGGUGGAUGAAACCACUAAAGCUUAGAAACUGUUUUCUCAUGCAGCUAAGUUUCUCUUAUUUAUGCCUUGAGGACUAACUUCUGGUUUUCUAGCUGUUAAUGCACUGUAGAUCUUAAUAAUGGUGCCUUAUGCAAGCGGCCCCUUAUGCGGGGGUCUUAUACAGGGGUAUGGGUGAUGCAUGCUUUAUUAAGGCUCUUUUUUCACCUGGCUUUGUACUGUAUCGAUAAAUAACACAGAAAAAAAUCUCUUUGAGGUCCUCCUUCACAAAGUCACGUAAACGAAAACCCCCCAAACGAGUCAGUAUUUACUCCAUAGUUUAGGCAACUUGACUGUCAGUGUUACAGUGGAAAACACGUGAUAAUUGGAAAAUCAGACCAUUUCUGCCACCGUGAGACUUUCAUAUAGACUUUGCACAACGAUUGUAUAGCUCAUACACCGGCUGUGUUUAAUAUGUAACAUUUUCACAUGUAUAAAAGAUACAGACGUUUAAAAACAAUGUAUUUGCUUAAAAGGCACAAGUUUCUCGCAUAUCUAUGUAGCUAUCUGUUGGUAACAGAAAGUCUAUUACUCUUUUCCUAAACUGGGCGAAAUUCUUGUGUAUGUGUAUUUGUGCGUAUACUAUGUGUAUGUGUGUGUGUGUGUGUGUGUGUGUGUGUGUAUACAUAUAUAUAUAGAUAAUAUAUAAAUAUUUUUUUAAGGAGAAAUUAGAAUGGUUAGCUAGAAAAUUCCACAGCCUAUGAAGACAUACUUCAAAAUGGCCAUAAAGGAGAUAAAAAUGAAAACUGUAACUUUGAAAAAGGCUUUAUCUUUAAUUUAACGAUUUGCUACAGGCUAUUGGCAUCAAGUCUAUUCUAGACUGCCAGCUUGCUCAUCACAAUUGGCAGGUCUGGAUGGGGUACCUUUGGCCGUUCAGAACUGGCAUGAACGGAACACUAGCCCACUGGUUGCUCUCAGACACACCAAGUUUUGAUUUUGAAUGUCAACCUUAUUGAAGAUCUAACCUAAGAGUAAGCUAAUCACAGGGAUUCUUUUUUAGAGCACUUUUUAUGCAGAUGAAGCUAUUUUUUCCAGCACAUAGAUUCUUCCAGGUUUUCCAACGAGUAAUUUCCCCGAAUUGGCAUACCGCAGUGUGGACAGCUGACUCUUCAUCCAGCUGCUGGCUUGUGGGUGUGGAGCUUUUCUUUAUAUAUAUUUAUAUAUAUAUAUAUAUAUAUACACAUAUGAGUCUGGCUGGGCUGGUAUUUUGUUUGAUCUUCCUGGAAAUGAGCAACGGUGACAGCUCACAUAACUGGUUUUUUUUGGGGUUUUUUUUGUUGUUUGUUUUUUGUUUUAAUCUGGGCUGAUGGAUACUUACUAAAGAAUUCAUUUCAUUUUGCUGAGGGGAAAAUGCACUUUUCUUUUGGCAGUUCCAUAUCCAGCCACUUGGUUUGCUGGAUUUGGGAAAACUCCUUUUUUGGCCCUGCUGUGUGCUUAGCCAUAACAAUUCCAUUAAGCAAGAAGGUAAACAAAAGACAAAAAAAAAAAAAAAUCUUGCACUGGCUUGUCUCACUUACGAAACACCGUGAAGUGGUUUGAUUGGGUGGGGCUGGGUGCCAUGUAUGUCCAUGCCUGUAAUUUUCAUAAUAAGCAAAGUACAUAAAGAAUUACAUUCUGUUCAGGUGAUAACUGAGCCUCAAUCAAGCAGAAACUUUUUGCUUGACAUUAAAAAAAAUUUCUAUUAGUGAAAUUUCUUUUUUUUUUUUUGAAGCACCCUGUUAUCUAAAGAAUCUUUGUAAGAUUUUUGUAAAAUUUUGUUUUACAAGAUUUUAUUUGAAAUUGUUUUUUGCAAGAUUGUUAUAUUUCUGUAUGAAUGUAUUUUUUAUUGGAAUAACAUAAA